AUGACUUUGGAAGAAAAACUGAAGGAUUUAAGAAAGAAAAAAACUAGCCAAAAGGUUGAACAAGCAAAAUGUGAUGUAUUGUUGGAUGAGCUUAAUGCUUUAAAUGCAAAGAUUAAUGAUGAGGAAGCUGAAAAGAAGAAUGUUGAAGCAAUUCUUGCGAACAAGAAAGAAUUGUUUCCUCCUUGGUCACUUGAAAGAAUUGAAGAUGAAUCCCUCAACAAACCAAAACUUUAUUGGUUAGAGCCUCAAACUUCAUUCUCUGUUGAUAAUGAUGUUGAAUGUCAAUUGGACUUGCCCAUCACUGUGAUAGCCUUCCAAUUUCGUUGCUUUGAAAGCAUUGAGAAGGUACCUAUGGGAAACACAACAAUCAACAAGAAAAUUUUCAACUUUUAUUUGAAGCAUUCAAAACCACAAUAUGAAUCUUGGAACAUAAAGAAGAUUGUUGGAUUGAAAGUCAGGAAGUCUGAAAAGGUUGAUGAUCUUAUAAAAAUUCAUUUCAAAGUUGUUCGUGGUAACAAUCAUGAAGCUGAUGAGUUUACUAUGGUUGAUCUUCCAUUGAUGAAUCCUUUUGAUUGGGUUUCAACUCUCAACAUCGUUUCAAGAGAACCUGUCAAAUUUCGAUAA